UAUACAACCAAAUAUACUUCAGCGUGUAGUAGGUAUUGCCUAGAUUUUUACUAUUUGGAUGAUGUUUGUAACUUUUGGGGAAAUUCAAGUUUUAUAAGUUGGUUCGCCUGGCGAUGCCGGCAUCCGGCUGGCGUGUUGGUCAUUUCGGCAACCGCAGCGGUCCGGCACUUAGUUUUCGGCUUUUGAUAAGGCAACAGUUCAAUCUCCGCCGGUGGCCAUUGCAUAAGAAAUAGAAAUUUGGUUGACAUAUUAAUUUAUAAGAAGAGUAAUUUACGUUGGAGGAAGUUUUGUUUUGGUUUUGUAGUGUGGAGUGUUUUAAGAGAAGAGUUUUUAUUUUUCAACUCCGUUUUUGGAAAGCAAUGGCCACUGGUGGAGAAGGAGAAGUAGAAGAUUAAGUCAAGUCACAGCUUUUGUUUUUUUGGAAAUGGAAUAAAAUAAUUUUGGGAAAUUUUGGGCGAUUUUGUUACUUUUAUGGAAUAUAUGUUGAUUUGCCAGUCAUAGAAGCGUACCUCCUUGUGGAUGACAGUACCCCCCAGGUUUGGGGAAGAUUGGAGGAUAACUUGGAUCUCCAACCAUUCAUCUAGCAGGAUUUUGGAGAAGAAACCAGCUCUCACUUGUAGAAGCAACAGGUUUUAUAGUAAAAUUUACGUUUUCAAUUUUUGUUCAAUAAUAUCUUUCAACUUUAAUAGUUUUAAUAACUUUGAAAUAAAUAACUUUAAUAAUAAUAUAAACUCACUUUGCUAAAAUUUAAUAACUGUCUAAUAUUUAAUAUUUUUCAACAAAUUUUACCUUUCACCGCUCACAUCAUUCAUUUAAAAUAAUCUGAAGGUUAUAAAUCAUCGUGUAAAGGUGUUGUAUACAAUAUCUAGGUGUUUAUUCCCUUAUUUCAUAACCUUUAUUUCAGUUAUUAGAUAUUGUACUCAGGUUUAUCACUUUAGGUCAGAUACGGAAUUGUCAGCAAAUAUUGUGAUCAAUAUCAAUAUAAUAUUUUUGUUUAGGUAAAUAACUUGUAAUUUCAAAUAACUGUCUUGGUAUAAUUAAUUAAAUUUUUGUGUUUUAUUUUUUUUUUCUGUAAAUCUCAGUGUCGACAGGAGCGUAUCCUUCUAGUACAACAGGUACUAGUUAGCUAGUGUAUAAAUUUGUAUAUAUAGGGGUUAUAGGUAUUUUUUUUUUUCAUUAAAUUGGUUGGUUGUACAUACUUAUAUGUUUUAUUAUCCUACCUUUUAAUAGUAUUAGUUAGGUACAGCAAUAUAGGUCACGUGGAGAGCAAUAUAUUCUAUUCUUUCCUGGCGCUCAACACUACUUCUGAAUAUCUUCUUGGUCAAUAGUUCUUUUCUUGUCAUUACUCCUUACAUUAAUUUAUUUUCUUUAUCAUUCAAGUAUUUCAGUAGGUACCGUCUUACUAGGGCAUGCAAAUACGGCCUGAUCCUUCCCUGAGCCCUACUGUUUAGUCUCUUCAAUUUCCAGCUAGCCUAUUUUGAGGAAACUUCCAUAAAUAAGUAAUUACCCUUUAAAGCAAUAUCUAUUCUGCCACAACACAACCUCGUUUCGUUACAAUUGGCGCUCGCCAACGUGGAGCCCAGUUUUCAGUAAGACAGUACCUUUUAUUUUGUUGCUUAUUGUAAAUUUUUCUAGUAAGUAUCUUUCUGGUCCAUUGUUGUAUAUUUUGUAAGUAUAUAGAGAUAUUUUUGGUUUCUUUUUUGUACGUUACUUGAAACAAUAAACUAGUGCACUUAUAUUGCUGUAUUGGUACUAUUUUAAUUUAUUUAAAAUAAUAAUUGUAAAUCUUGAGUAGGAUAAUAUUUGAAUAGGUAUAUUGGUUGACAUUUCGGUCUGGUCGGUUUGGUGAUACCUGGAUAUUUAUUUUGAAAAAUUUUGAAUGAUUUAUUUUUUUUUGAUAUCUAGGUACAUUACUACUUUUGAUUUAGGUGCAGCCGUAAUAUACUUUAGUUUUGCUAAGUUAUUGCACUCUAUACCUAUAUAUAACUUAUAAAGAUUUCAUUUUUUUUUACAUAUACAUUUUCACUUAAAACAUUUAUUUAAAUUAUUUUAAAUAUCUACCCCAAAUAUAUAUCUCGGUUAUAUUUGGUUUGUCGGUUUAUUCGUUCAUUAGUUUAGCAGCUCGUUUAGUAGAUUGUCGGUUAAUUGGUCGUUAGUUUGUUGGAUCGGGUUCGGUUUGUCGUUGUUGGGUUGGGUUCGGUUUGUCGUUGUUGGGUUGGGUUUAUUGUUACUAAUUCUUUCCCUAUCACCAUGUGUACCUUUCAGCCAGAACAUUUGUUAGUUAGGGAGUUGGACUAUGAGCUGAGGAUAAGGGAAAUAGAGGUUGAAGAAGCCGCUAAAUGUGAUAGAAAACGCAGUCUAUUGCGUGGUGCUCUUAAACAGGAGCAAGGAAACAGGAGUUUCCGUCAAAUUUCAGCUGCAGCUAUUCCUUUCCUGGAACAACAACAGGGAAUAAAUGAGACCAUCGAGGAUCUUACUCAAAAGAUAUCCACUUUUAGAGGGACUGUCCAUGAUAGCAUGUAUUCUAGGUACAUUUCACGUCUUGCUCAUAUCUCUGGUCGUGUCCACUUACUAUGUUGCUCAGAUGAGGAGCAACAACUUUACAAACGCUCUAUGUCCAUUAAGAUUCUCAGUCUAGAAGGUGAACUCGAUUCUCGAGUAAAUCCUAUAGCCACGUCCACCCCUGUUUCUUCGGUUCAAGCCGCUAAUUCCUUAUUACAUCCCAAGCCUGUUCAGGUACAUAAAUGGGGAGUUUCGUUUUCUGGUGAAGGUCACUAUGACCAAGUUAUUUCAUUUUUGGAUAGGGUGGAAUGUCUUCGGAUUUCAAGAGGUGUGAGUGAGGAGGAUCUUUUUGCAGCUUCUGCUGAAUUAUUUACAGGCCAUGCUUUUACGUGGUUUAUGAACAACCGUGGUAGCUUUACCACUUGGACUGGUUUGGCUCAGAAACUAAAAUCCGAUUUUCUGCCUUAUUCUUUCCAAACUGAUCUCUUAGACGAAAUCAAGAACCGCAAGCAGAAACCGGGAGAAUCAGUGACUAUGUUUAUUAACACUAUGUUGGGUAUGUGUAGUCGUUUAGAUACUCCUUUAACAGAUAAUGCAAAAAUUAAGAUAAUUCUAAAAUGUUUGCUACCUUUUUACCAUGCCCAAUUGGCACUUGUUGAUAUAGCCACUAUCGAAGACCUGACAGAUAAGUGUAAACGGUUAGAAGAAACUCUAUCCUGGUCUUUUCAUCCUCCUACAACAUCUAAUCCUGGUGCUGGAUUUACCUCUCACUCCUCGAGAAAUCGUUCUUGGCAAUCUAGACCCCAUACACCGAAUGUGUCUGUGACUACCUCUUCUUUUUCUUGCUGGAAUUGUCGGGAAGCUAAUCACGCAUUUCGUGAUUGUACCAGACCCCAAACGCGGAUUUUUUGCCACGGUUGUGGUAGAGACAACACAUUAAAACGUAACUGUUUUAAGUGUUCGGGAAACGAGCAUGCAGAGGCUCGUACCCUGAGCGUUCCUCAAACAGCAGCCCCAUCAGGGAAUAUGACCGCAGCUGUAGACGAAGCUUCAGGUCCAAUACCUGCCAGCAGCUCGUACACACCCUCUCAGGAAGGAAGAAACACUUCCAACCGGAGGCCAGCACGCAAACCGAAAUCAGGGAAAAAGUAAUUGUUAGUAACACUUCAGUUGACUCGUACGGUUCGCUUGAUCGUAGAUUAUCCCCUCCAGUCUUAAACUGGAAUUUUAGUAAUAAGCAUAAUCAAGACAAGGAAACAGUUCCAAAUUCUAUACCAGGUUGUACGUUU